AGACGAAUAAGACGGGUGUAGCAGUGAUAUAGCAGUUAGCAUAACACCGGUCGUCAAACUUGUGAGUGCAGUUUCAUAAGAGUAUAAGUGUCUUUUGUACGUCACGCGUUUUUGCUACUGUUUUAAAUUACGCUUUUGGACAAGUGCCUUUCAAGAAGAAUGUUCAAUUAAAGCAAGUAUGUAGUCGCUCGUACUAGCCGGAUGCUAAAUAACGGCUAACGAGUGGUGUUUUCUAGAAGCCCGGUUGCUAUAGUGAUACUAGUUUGAAGCGCUGUAAACAGAGAACCCCGGUGUGUCAUUUUAGGGUCACCUCAGAGUGAAAAAGCAAAAUUCAUACGUAGUCGGUUAGUGCGUUUUUUAAAGAUGGUUCAACUGCAGGUGAAGCGCGGCGACGAGAAUCAGUUUCUGUUUACCACCAGUGUGGACGCACAGGUGGACACAGUCAUCCAGCAAAUUGCGGCCAUUUAUAACGGAAGACUCAAGGUGGACAGAAUAUGUUUAGAGAUCCCAGAGCUGGCAGAGCAUGGCAUCAGUCUGCCGCCAAACAUGCAGGGCCUGACAGAUGACCAGAUUGUGGAUUUGAAACUCAGAGAUGAAUGGGAAGAUAAGUGCGUGCCUAGUGGAGGGCCCAUAUUUAGGAAAGAUGACAUCGGGAGGAGAAACGGACAUGCUCCAAAUGACAAAAUGAAGGAAGUGUUGAUGAAGACAGUGGAGGAGUCGAAGGCCCUGAUCUCCAAUAAACAAGUCAAAGCCAACGUUUGUGUGACGAUGGAGAUGGUAAAAGAAGCUCUGGAUCAGCUCCGAGGCGCUGUCACCAUCGUGUACCCCAUGGGUCUGCCCCCCCAUGACCCCAUCAGGAUGGAGUUUGAUGAGCGAGAAGACCUGACAGGAACACAGGCGUCUCUGCAGGUGAUCUCAGAGGACGAGUGUCAGCUGUGGUGGGCCGGGAAAGAGAUGCAGAGGGGGAAGAAGCUGCAGGACUUUGUGGGGAAAAAUGAGAAAACCAAACUUGUAGUCAAAAUUCAAAAGAAAGGACAGGGGGCGCCAGCGAGAGAGCCUCUGAUAACAGAUGAGCAACAAAGGCAGAUGAUGCUGCAGUACCACAGGAGGCAGGAGGAGCUCAAGAAACUGGAGGAUGCAGACGAUGACAGUUACCUGGACUCUCAGUGGUCGGACAGACAGGCUCUGAAGAGACAGUUCCAAGGUCUUACCAACAUCAAGUGGGGACCGAGAUAAAGACAGGUACUGCUCUGAUAACCGGUCCUGGACCCACGGCUUCAUCACAACACUGAAACUGGUGUUACUUAAGAACUUUAGGGGAGUACUUACCACACAGGGGUAAUUAUGAUGACAGGUUUUACUGGUUUCUAUCUUUACACAGCUACAAGUGAAAAAAAACUCAUGAAAACAAAAUCUGGAUGUAAAGUUUAACCAAACCGUUUUUUCCUCAUUUUUCUUCCAUUUUCUUUACAUUUUUUAAAAAUUAAAAGCAUUCAAACAAACUGAACUGUUAAAAACA